CUGGACUCCCGUUUGCGUCACAGAACCUGCGAGUCAAACUGAGGGCUGAAACAUCCCCAAGCAGCCUCCUCAGCAGCAGCAGCAGCCGGCUGCAGUAACAGAGACACGGUCACUCCUGUAAACAGUGGGCGACAAUCUCUAGCUGUCCACGGUAGAUAUUUUACCCGGUGUCAACUAUGCAUUCAGACAGCGAGGCAUUAGCGAUGAGGGACUCCAAAAGACGGGAACGACAAGACGGUUCAAGCAGACAUGAUGAGAUGGAAGCUUUGGAGAAUCCAGACACUGACAUUGGCUUGUGUGGCUGGCUGUUGGUCGGCAUGUCCCUUCUCCUGAUGCUGGUUACCCUGCCCCUCUCCAUAUGGAUGUGCAUUAAGAUUGUGAAGGAGUACGAGCGAGCCAUUAUCUUUCGCCUGGGGCGCAUUCUGCGAGGAGGAGCCAAAGGACCAGGGCUGUUCUUCAUCUUGCCGUGCACUGACAGCUUCAUUAACGUGGACAUGCGCACCAUCACCUUCGACAUCCCACCGCAGGAGGUUUUGACCAAAGACUCUGUAACAGUGAGUGUUGAUGGUGUGGUGUACUACCGCGUCCAGAAUGCCACCCUGGCUGUGGCUAACAUCACUAACGCAGACGCUGCCACCCGGCUGUUGGCCCAGACCACCCUGAGGAACGUCCUGGGUACCAAGAACUUGGCAGAGAUCCUUUCUGACCGUGAAGAAAUUGCACACAGUAUGCAGUCCACUCUGGACGAUGCUACAGAUGACUGGGGUAUCAAGGUGGAGCGGGUGGAGAUCAAAGACGUCAAGCUGCCCCUUCAGCUCCAGAGAGCCAUGGCUGCUGAGGCUGAGGCCUCCCGAGAGGCCAGAGCCAAGGUGAUUGCAGCGGAGGGAGAGAUGAACGCAUCGCGGGCGCUGAAGGAGGCCUCCCUGGUGAUCGCAGAGUCUCCGUCAGCCCUGCAGCUGCGUUACCUUCAGACCCUCAACACCAUCGCCGCCGAGAAGAACUCCACCAUCAUUUUCCCGCUGCCGCUGGAGAUGAUGCAGGGGUUCAUCAAACAUUGAGGGGGAGUUUAAAAACACGGCACGCACCACAUGCAUCGGUCAUACACGAAAAUAUAGGCCCUGUGUCUGUAAAGCAGUGCUAAGAUGGUGCUUGGGAAGUUGUGCCUGUGGCUCAUGAUGCACCUCAGCUGUUAGGGUUAGGCUUCAAAAACUGGUAGCCAGUAAUCACUGCUUAUUUACUUUAUAUCCCCUUGCCAUGGCUGCUUGCAAACACAACUGACAGCCCACAUGAACGUAUUUUCUGCAUCUUUAUCAAAGGAAAGAACUGCACUCAUCAUCUAAAAAAAAGAUAACAAAAAUUAACUAACCAUUUUAUAGCAAGUGGAACUUUUGUUAUGAAAUUAACAUUUUUAUUGUUUAAAGAAAUCUUUUAGAUUAGUCUGACAGCUUAAGCAGAUGAGCAGACAAUGGAAAUAUGAAAUGUAACUUCAUGUGUUACAUUUUAUAUGAAUGAAAUGAUACAUAUAACUUCAUACGUGACCUGGUUGUGUUGCCCAGAUCAGUUUCUCCUUUGCACUGAUCUGAUAGGCUAAACAGCCGAUGAGAAAGAUCUCUUAUCACCUCAGUCAGUUUGGCGUGUCUGCCAAGAACUGACCACAAAUUGAAUUUAUUGUCUUUAUAUUGUGUGUGAGAUUUUACCAAAACCAGCCACGGUGCAGCAGGCGCGUUAGCUUUCAUCCUGCACUUUUAUCUGUCCUCCUAUUUAGGAAUCAGACAGUGUUUAACUGACGGUCAAAGCAGCGGCCGAAGCUCUAACCCAAAGUAAAGUUCCUGCUGAAUAUUGUUGCCCACACACACAUACACCAGAAUCAUAGCAUUAUUGUGCUCUGAUAAUUUUAUACGUAGAAGUAGUGACUCCUACAGCCAUUCAAUGUCCAAUCCCCUAUACAAAACUAAUACGAUUUUUAAACAUGUUAAAAAAAUGCCAUCGCAAGUUUUCACUCGGUUUUAGUGUUCAGUGAUUCCAGCUUCAUCUUCACUAACGUUGUAGCCUUGAAGGUUCAAACACAUAGCAGGACUUACAGUAUACACUUUACUGUACUUGACCUGCUUCGCUCUCCUACUGACACCAGGAGACUGAAAGAAACAAACGCUGGCUAUGCUACACAUACAUUUAAUAUGGUGCUUAAACAGAAUGAACUGUUUAAAUUCUAAAGGCACGAGGCCGAUCCAUGCAGCAGCUGCAAUGACGAAUUCGGUAUUACAACACAAACUACCACGAGAAAUACAGCAAUCUCAAAAUAGCCUUCAGAAAUUGGUGAUCAAGCAGAGUGAUGUAUAGAUGAUAAUCCAGAAACACAGACACACACACACACACACUCACACACACACUUUUCCUCUCUUGUCAACGCAUCUGUCUCAGAUUACAAGCUCUGCCUUGGCUGAGAUGUUGACAGUCGUUCUGACAGACUAGACGUUACUUGGAUUUGUUUACAGUAUGCUUAAUACCUACAUACCACACUUUAUAUGUACAAGGGUGGACAAAAUAUUAGUAAUAUUAGUAUUAUAGGGCUGUCAGUUGUUGCUAUAAUUUUGUCCACCCCAUCUGGCUUCACUGCUGAGGAGAAGCAGAGACUGUUAGAAAAACACUUAUCGCAAAUCUUUCUGCCAAAAGCCUUAACCUACUGCCAUCAGCUCAUUUUACAGCCUAUUGCCACAUUUCUAUGCACUACUAAAAGAAACUGACUGACUUUAUUUACCUUUCCUUUUUAUUUUUUUUUAAUAUAAACACUAUUUUAUUACAUAUGCUAUUUCUGGGUGUAAACCACUAAGCCAAAUACUCAGUCAUCUUUUGUUUUUAAAGCUGUAGUUGUGAUAUUUUUCCUCCUUUUUUCAUGUAUUAAGGGAGGAAGACGUGUUGCUAAAUGUAUGUUAAAGUUUCUAGUGUAUGUGUGACUUAGUAGUAUUUCUCUAUGUGCAUAUAACAUAUAUCUAAAUUUAUAUGACUGCAGUUCUGUAUAUUAUACUGCAGUUUUGCUGUAGCUAGACGAGGGUUCAGUGUUAAGCUGAACGCAGAUUUAAAGUGACAUUACAGAUUUUAUUUUAUUUUGUAAUACAAAGGCUGUUACAUUAUUUCACUGCAGCUACUGCUUCAUGUGUGAGUUCUUACUGUUGACCCAUGUUGAGUUUGAGUUAGUCUGUUACAGAAAGAAGUGGUUGUAUACAUCACUGGGCAGCUCCUCGGUAACGUGGUCACCAGUAGUUUGUGAGGGUUCAUUCUUGAGCUCUCUAAUUAUUUGGAUUUUUCCUAAGCUAGAAAAACCUUGCUUAUUAAAGUGUAGUAGUGCUUAAGUCUCUCUUGUCAUGACAAAUGUUACACACAUUAAUUUAAUUUCACAAUGUUUUAUUUCAUAUUUGCUAUGUUGAGUUUUGCAGGUUACGUAUGUUUUGUACAGUUUGCUAAUGUUUGAUAUGGGUUUAUCUCGACAAAACUUAGAUGAGACUUUAAAUAAAGAUUCUACCAAAAAGAA